AUGGAGAUAUAUGAGAGGUUAGAUCAAUUGCAAACUACGAUAUUUGCCAAUUUGGAUUCUUUGGUACGCACUUUGGACUUGAAAGAUGAGGAGUAUACUACAGCUUCAGACUCGAUUUUAACACAGAUUAAUCAUAAUUUAUCAACUUACAAAGACUAUCUACGUAUACUCAAGCUCGAAAAGGGGUAUAAAUCCUCAUUGUCAAUACCCACACGCUCUACCCUACAGAUAUAUGAGUUGAAGUAUGAGUCGCUAAAGAAGAAACUACGAGACUUGUUGAUUUUCAUGAAUGAUUCACAGCAAUACAAGGUGCACAAAGAUAGACUACUAAAGUUUAAUCUUCUUGUUCCACAAGCCAGCAAGUCUGGUGGUAGUGCUGCUAGUACCAAUAAUCUUUCUGCAAGAGAUCAGCUCUUUGCAAAUCGUUCAACAUCAAGAUCUAACGAAUCUACUGGUGGUAUUGCCCAGCAAAUCAAUUCUCAAAACUCAAAAAUUACCGCUUCUUUACAAGCGUCGCGAAACCUCCUUUCAGCAACGAUUCUACAAUCUGAAUUGAAUAUAGACACAAUAGACCAACAGAGUAAGGACUUGUUGCGUUUAAAUGAGAACUUCACAAAGUUUGGAGACUUGUUAAAUAAGCUGCGUGGCAUAAUUAAAUUUAUUGAAAAACAAGAUAAGGCUGAUCGACAAAGAAUUUAUUUGAGUAUGGGGUUUUUCCUUUUGUGUUGCUGUUGGGUUAUUUACAGAAGAGUCUUGAGGCGGCCUAUUGGGUUAUUGUUUUGGUCUUUGUUUAAGAUUUUCAAUAUUUUUGGCUGGUUAUUUGGAAGUGGAGGCUCAAGAGAGAAGGUGGAUGAAGAAUUUAUUGAGGAAAUUGUAACCGACGUGAGCUUAUCGGUUCCUUUGGUGGCGAUGUUGGCAAGUACCCUUGACAGCUCUGUAGAAGAGAUUACCACUCUACUACAUUCAGUCAUCACUAGCACAACAGCAAGUGCAGAAAGACUUGUGGAUGAAUUGUAG